GCGUUGUUGAAGAUGUAAGUGUCUUUUAACUUGGUGAAUCAGUCUCCGGAAGGCCGAGACUUGGCCUGCGGCCCUGUCCGUAGUGAGUGGUACUGCCGGGCGGUGUGGGCUUUCCUUACCAGCAGCGGCCCUAGUCCGCUUUGAGCUCGCUAAAGGGUUAACCCUAGGAAAUGCCAAGAGCGAAAAAGCGCACCACAACGAGACUUGCGAUCUCGAAGUUCCAGCGGCCGACCGAAAGAAAAGCGACAAAACUUCUCACCCGACAUCGAGGACCACCCCGCUCGGCAACCACAUCAAGAUGGUCCGUUACGCUGCUCAGGACAUUCCGGCCACUAAGAGCGCCCGCGCCCGGGGCUCUUACCUGCGCGUCAGCUUCAAGAACACCCGUGAGACCGCUCAGGCCAUCAACGGCAUGAAGCUCCAGCGUGCUCUUACUUUCCUUGACAACGUUACCAACAAGCUUGAGGCUGUCCCCAUGCGGAGGUUCGCUGGCAGCACCGGCCGUUGCGCUCAGGGCAAGCAGUUCGGUGUCAGCAAGGCUCGCUGGCCCGAGAAGUCCGCCAAGUUCCUCAUCGACCUCCUGAAGAACGCUGAGGCCAACGCCGACACCAAGGGUCUUGACACUGGCAACCUUGUUGUCAAGCACAUCCAGGUCAACCAGGCCCCCAAGGGCCGCAGACGCACCUACCGUGCCCACGGUCGUAUCAACCCCUACAUGACCAACCCUUGCCACAUCGAGCUCAUCCUUACUGAGGCUGAGGAGGUUGUCCAGAAGGGUCCCGUUGUCAAGGAUGCUCAUCUCUCCUCUCGUCAGCGUGGCCUCCAGGUCCGCCGUGCCAUCCAGGCAUAAGCGGUUCAUGGGUGUCGGGGGGUGAGGUAGUCGGAAAAUGAAUGGGAAAGCCGGAGUUUUCUGUUGUACGGAACAAAUACCUUUUCACGGAAGGAAUACAAAAGAAAUUUCUACAAACUGAACAACCCUUCGAAAUAUAUGGGUGGAAGCAUCAGUUCUUCCCUCUUGUCAUGAAUAUC